ACCUUUCACCAGUAACUCGGUGGCCCUUGUCGGUCAUCAUUGUUUCCUUGUCCAUCUGUGCUCCUACAGGUCUGAGGGAGCUCACUCUGAGCGCUAAUCCCCGUAUCGGCUCCAAAGGCUGGGCCCGUUUCGCCAUUGCUGUGGCCCACAGCUCCCAGCUGCGUGUGCUGAACCUGGACUACAACCCACUGGGAGAUCAAAUUGCCGCCAUGCUGGCGGUCGCUGUGGCAUCAAGCAGAACCCUGGAAGUCCUGGACCUGGAAGGAACUGGACUGACCAACCAGUCAGCACAGGUGUUUCUGGACAUGGUGGAGAACUACCCGACCAGCCUCAGGGUUCUGGUUCUGGCAGAGAAUGACAUCAGUCCUGAGCUGCAGCAGCAGAUCAGCGACCUCCUGUCGGAAGGGGAGGAGGAAGACAACAGGGAGGCCCCGCCUUCACUCCGAGGCCACGCCUCCAGCACAGAGAAGCACCAGCCCCUCCCCUGGCUCCCCCACAGCAACUCCGGACCGCCGAUGGUCCUGCUGACGUCCGGUCUAGGUGAGAGCUUAUUGGCUGAAACAGAGAUGUGACCCCUCCCACAAACACACUCACUUCCUGUGUGAGAAUGAUGUCACUUCCUGGAUUGAAUGUUUGUUUCUUUGCACUUACCUUCACAAUCUGUGUUAGGUCUGAGGCAGUACCUGGGAGGGGGAGGGGCUUGCAGACAGGUGUGCUGUUUCUGAGAAAUGUCUGUUCAGGUGUGUUGAUUCAUUCUGCUGCGAUGAUGUCACAAUAAAAACCGUUUACAGCUUCCUACGGAUGGCUCUGAUUGGUCUUUAAUGGAGGCGUAACCGAAAACGUUUCUCCAGCUAAGGAGACAAAGGCCAGUAACCUUCAUACACCAUCUGCCAGAGAGGGGCU